UUCAAAAAUCAAAAUUGAAAGUUGAAAGGUUCCAUCAAAUUCUUUGGAGUAACUUUUAACUUACUCUUCUGAAGCUGAUCAGCUGCUAUUUUGUAAGAAAACAUUAAGAAAUUUUGAAGAUAAACAAAGAAAAUGCAAAAUUAAGAACAUUUUUAAUUUGGGGAGUGAGUUGGAAAUCCAUUAUCUUCAUAGAAAAUUAGGCAUAAAUGGGAAAAGCAAAGUCAAUUAAGAGUAAAGCAGUUCACUUUGUGUCUGAUCUCACCACUAUUUUCCUUAAUCCCAUCUCUGAUAAACCCUCCUCUAAGCAUCAUCCUCCUCCCACUGAAGACUUGAGCGAAACAAAAAGGAAUCAGCUAGAGUCGAUUAGUGAAGAGAAUAAUGGUGAUUUAGUUGACGGGCCAGAUACUUCUUCUUUUACUGCAUUCCUACACUCCCUACUGUCAUCUUCGCAUCCAGGAGACAAUUCAAAUACAGGUGAGAAGAAUGAUAAUGUAGCAGAAACUGUUGGCCAGCCAUCUGACAAUGUGAGGAAAGAGAGUGGCGCAAGGAAAGGCUUAUUUUCCAGGGGUAAACAAUCUCUUAGAGCUAUUUACCAUGCUGCUAGAAUUGGUGGAAAUCGGGGUCAAGAGCGCAGGAGCAAUUCUGACAUGAUAAUUGGUGAUGAGAGUGAUGAGAGUUUUGAUGGAUUGGAGAUGAAGAAUAUGCAAAUUGUGAAAAAGCCUGACGAGUUGACAGAUAUUCCCGACGUUUCCGAGCCUUCAUUGCUUCUCUCAGAGAAAUCAAGAAGUGCCCUUUAUGCUUCACUUCCGGCACUUGUACAAGGGCGGAGGUGGUUGUUGCUUUACAGUACAUGGAGGCAUGGGAUAUCACUUUCAACAUUAUAUAGAAGAAGCAUGCUUUGGCCUGGACUUAGUCUUCUGGUUGUUGGAGACAGAAAAGGUGCAGUUUUUGGUGGUCUGGUGGAGGCACCAUUACGACCAAUGAACAAGAAAAAGUAUCAGGGAACGAACAGUACUUUUGUUUUCACCGAUACACCUGGCAAUCCUGCGAUAUUCCGACCAACAGGUGCAAAUCGUUAUUUCACUUUGUGUGCGACGGACUUCCUAGCAAUUGGUGGGGGUAGCCACUUUGCACUUUACUUGGAUGAAGAUCUAUUAAAUGGAUCAAGCUCAGUCUCGGAGACGUAUGGGAACCCUUGUCUUGCACACUCACAAGACUUUGAAGUUAAACAAGUUGAGCUGUGGGGAUUUGUAUAUGGUUCAAAGUACGAGGAGAUGCUUGCUUUAAGCAAAACAGAGGCUCCUGGGAUUUGCCGGUGGUAAAUAUUCAAACAUAGAGCAGAUAUAAAUGUCAAGGUGGAUCACUCGGAAGGUGCCCUUCAGGCAGAAGUGCUCAUAGAAAUGGUCCGAAUUCUCAUGUCAUACCUGUCCUUUGAUUUACUGUCAAGUUUUGUACAUAGACCUUGUAUGCAUAUACGAAGAGUGUUCACCCUA